AGUCUAUAAAUCCCGGGAAAACAGCAAUUUCGUCCUUCUUGCUUCAAAGUGCAGAGGAGUGCACAUGUGUUUUGCAGGGCGGGAAUACGAAACAAAACAUUGAACUUGAAAGAACGUGAAUCAUGAACGGUAUAGGAGAUCACUGGAACAUGACUACAGAUAUCCGAGUGGAAGAUCCUGAGAUUUCACAGAUAAUCGUUAAUGAAAAGGAGCGACAAAGAAAGGGACUUGAACUGAUUGCCUCGGAGAACUUUACUAGCAAGGCAGUUCACCAAGCUUUAGGAUCAUGUCUGACCAACAAGUACUCUGAGGGUCAACCAGGUCAAAGGUACUAUGGUGGAAAUGAGUUUAUUGACCAGAUUGAGGUGUUGUGCCAGAAGAGGGCGUUAGAGGCUUAUGGAUUAGAUAGUGACAAAUGGGGAGUAAAUGUACAACCUCUGUCUGGAUCACCUGCCAACUUCGCUGUAUACACUGCCUUGGUGGGGCCUCAUGGACGCAUCAUGGGUCUUUAUCUACCUGACGGAGGUCACCUCAGCCAUGGCUUCAUGACCCCAUCUAAAAAGAUAUCAGCCACGUCCGUUUACUUUGAGUCCUUCCCCUAUAAAGUUGAUCCCGCAACUGGACUCAUUGAUUAUGACCGCCUCCAUGAAAAUGCCAAAAUGUUCCUUCCAAAGAUGAUUGUAGCUGGUGUGAGUUGUUAUUCAAGAAACCUUGACUACAAACGAUUCCGUGAGAUUGCCAAUGAGAACGAUGCUUACCUAUUGGCUGACAUGGCCCAUGUUAGUGGUUUAGUUGCUGCUGGUCUCGUUUCAAAUCCUUUUGAAUACUGUGACAUAGUAACUACCACAACCCACAAGACUCUCCGAGGGCCUCGAUCCGGAAUCAUUUUCUACAGGAAAGGUGUGAGGAAAGUACUGAAGAACGGAAAUCAAGUCAUGUAUGACAUGGAAAAGAAGAUAAACGAGGCAGUUUUUCCAGGGCUUCAGGGAGGACCUCACAACCAUCAGAUAGCUGGUGUUGCUGUAGCCCUGAAACAGGCAUGCACACCAGAAUUCAAGACUUACCAACAACAAGUCAUCAGUAAUGCCAGGGCCAUGUGUGCAGCUAUGCAAAAAAGAGGAUACACCAUUGUGACCGGUGGAACGGACAAUCAUCUGAUUUUGGUAGACCUUCGCCCUAACAAGAUUGAUGGAGCCCGUGGUGAGAAAAUCCUUGAGGAAAUAGGCAUUGCAAUCAACAAGAACACUUGCCCAGGGGACAAGAGUGCCCUGAAACCAAGUGGCCUGAGGAUAGGAACACCAGCUCUCACAUCCAGGAAUUUGAAAGAAGCAGAUUUUGAACAAGUUGUCGAGUUUAUUGACAGAGGAAUCAAGCUGGCUUUGGAAAUCCAGUCGAACUGUGGACCCACUGUCAAGGAGUUCAAUGCAAAAAUUCAUGAGGAUGAAGCUGUGAAGACAAAAAUAGCAGCACUCAAGCAAGGGGUGGAGUCUUUUGCACUGACCUUCCCUCUGCCUGGUCACGAGGACUGGUAGAGAGUCCAAGACUAAAAAAAGGAUUAGUAGACAACCUGUUUUUGAACUUAACAUAAAACCCAAAGUUAUACAGGUUGUUUACUGUACUGUUGUGUAUGAGAAAAUAUUGUGAAGAAACUACAAGUGUUUGUAUCCAGCCAUUCAUCAUAUUGUGCAGUGUCUUAUUAGUUGAUAAUAUUUUUAUUUCCAAACAAUAUAUAUGAGGAGAUUUGUAUUGAGUUGUACUGAAAUCAGCAUAUAAUAGUUGAAUGGAGUUGUACUGAAAUCAGCAUGUAAUAGUUAGAGUUGUACUGAAAUCAACAUGUAAUAUAUCAUGUGUAUAUAUAUACCUGGAUAGAUGAAAGAGUGUCUACAUACUAAUCUCUAAAUUUCAUUUGAUGUGCCUUAAACUUGGCAGACUUCACCAUGACCAUUGACAUUGUGAAUGCUUAUAUACCAAUGCUGUAAUUUUUGACAAGAUUUUGUCAUUCUUUUUGCAUUUAAUCAUAUUUUAACAACUAAAACUAAACUGAAUAUAAAUGGGGGGAAAAGGUUGUUCAAAAAGAUGAAGAUUUCUGUAAAGAUAACAAAUUUACAUUCGUUGAUUUGAAACCAGUUACAUGUAUGUUUGAAUAAUAUCAUACUUGCAAAAUCAUCCUCCCUUUUGAGGAUGAGAGAUUUUCGAGCCAGAAAUAUAGUUUCAAAAAACUUCAAAAUGUUCAAAUCCACUCACUGUAAAUGUACAUGUAUUUAUUUUUGCACAUGCACUCAUAGUUUUUAGCACAAACCUAAAUUAAAACAGAUUAUUGAAAAGGUGAAUUAGAACAUCAAAAAUUAUUACCACAGAAACCAAUGUAGAAAACUAUAAUUAUCGCAAUGAUAAUUCAGUAGAAUACUUGUGGUCUGAAAAAAUUCUACAUUAAGAUAAACACUUAUAUAUGUACGUUUACAGUAGUCGAGAAGAGCAGCUUCAUAUACAUGGUUUUAAGCUACAAUUUCAGUUUCCUAAGACGUCUUUAAUUGUACUUGUCCUUUCUGGUUUGUAUUAUGAGGCAUGCUAUUCACAAAUGGCACACAUGGUAAGAUUUUUGUAUUUCAUGGGUCAUUUCAUUGAGUCCAGUGGAUCAAUUUGAGAUUAACAAUGCAAAAUAUUUUUAUUUAUCUUUAGGAAUGUAGAAUCUCAGAUUUAAUUUAUUUUUGUUCGUACUAAGCUUUUAUGAAAUUGAUAUACAGUGGUUAUUCUUCUAUAACUUACAUCAAUAUUGUAAUGUAAGUUGAUUUUAAAGGGACUGAACAGUUAGAUUUUAACAUUCAAAAGUAUGUUAAAAGUUGUGCACGGUGCUAAUAUACAAGUUGAUUCAGCAAGUAAAAAAAGAACGAAAUCUAACCCUCAAGUUCAUUUAACUAUCAGCUACUGUAUAUUCUAUUAUAAACGGGAUCGUGGGUGAUCUUUGUAUGUUUGUACACAAUGUGUAUGUAUUUUUUUUUUUUUAUGUUCAAUAUUUCAAAAUGAUAAGUUUAAUGGUUUAUUCAUUUUGUUAAAUGUGACUUGGGAAGAAAAUUGUAAUCUGUUGGGUUAUUAGAAUAUAUUGGUGCCAAUGUAUCAUUUUUUCCAUUUAUCAUUACUGGGGUAAUGGCUUUAACACGCAAGAUCAACAAGUCAAACAUUGUGAAAUAUCAUAAACCAUUGUUGAAAAAUUAAUCUUGAUUAAUGUCUCGCCCUAGAACAGGUUGUGGCAUGAAAAUCCUGAUAAUCAAUGUAUCGUGUACUUGCAUAAUUUCUAUUGACAUGUAAUCAUGUUAUGUGAUAAAUGAAACCCUUCAUGUAAUCUGUUGAGAUUACUUCCUCAUUACUCAUUUUGCAUUAAAAUAAAUCCAUGGAUUUGAAAUUG